GGAGCUAUAAGUACCGUUGACCGCGCCGUGAAUGGAGGUGAACCGCGCUAAGUGAGUGCUGCUUGCUAGAAGGCAAUUAAAUCAGUUGGAAGUUGAAGUUGAGCAUAAACCACAUUCGUCGGUGGGAAAUUUAAACGGCCACGAUCACACAAUGAAGUGCAACGAAACGAUCGUAACCUUUGCGGUGCUGGCGGUGAUGAUGUUCGGUGCGUGUGGCGUGUCUGCCGCUAAGGGUGCUCGGAUGGAGGCUGACCAAGUCCGACGCAUCCAUCAGAACGCUCGUGAGUGUGUGAAGGAGACGGGCAUUCUGCCCAAGAACGCAUUCCGCGUGCUCAGUGGAGACUUCACCGUCGAUACUAUGAAGGCAAAGUGCUUCGUGAAGUGUUUCCUGGAUAAGGCUGGCUUCAUCGAUGAUGACGGUGUGAUCCAGCAGGAUGUCAUCCGGGAGAAGCUUACCGUGGGCAUCGAGGCGGGCAAGGUGAACGAACUGAUCAAGAAGUGCGCUGUGGAGGGAACGGAUGCGUGCGACACUGCCUAUCAGAUGUACAAGUGUUUCUUCAGCAAUCACAAGGUGCCAAAGGAACUGUUCCAGAUGCGUAAGGGCAUUGGUCGGCGAAACUUGCAGCAGUGAUAAGCAUGGAAUGAAGAGGGAUAAAGAGAAUAGCUUAAGACUGAUUGUAGAUUCCUAAGUAGCUAGUGAAGAGUUCUAAGUUUUAAGGAAAUAAAAGUGAAAUUAUUAUAAAAAA